ACCAUAUACUAAACCGCGGCAUCUUGUUAAACCGCAACCAAUACCGAACUAGUCUUCUUCUACUUACUACCCUCACCCCCAAUCCCCACUUAUCCAAUCAUUCAUUCAACAAAUAUCUUUAAAAUAACACAUAAUUGUAUUUACAAUACUCCAAUUAUUGAUCAAAAGAAAAUGUUUUCACCCAGUUCAUCAAAUUCACCAUUACUAAGAUCCAACGAAAGCGAUGAAUCCUUUCACCUGCGAUCACCUCGUCGGCAUAGCCUUCGAGAGGCAAUUCGGGUAUUCCAAAGAGCCAGCAACAGAAGUGGGUUAAUGAUGCGUGAACCGUCUGAUCAGCAAAUCAAUGAUAGGCAAAGUAAUUGGGCUUACUCUAAGCCCGUUGUGAUUAUUGACCUCCUAUGGAACUUUGCAUACAUCAUUGUUGCGUGUUUUGUCUUAUUCUUCAGUAGAGAAGAAGACCCAGAAAUGCCUUUGAGGAUUUGGAUUGUUGGCUACUCUUUGCUUUGCCUGCUUCAUAUUGUUUGUGUUUUUUUGGAGUAUCGGAGAAGAGGAUAUGGUCAAUCGGCGGAGGAGGCAUUUGGGAGCUCUGCUGAGGGUUCGAGGGGGUCUAGUGGUUAUGUUACUUUGGCUGAAUUAACCCCCGAAAGAUCAAGAUUUUACAGUAACAUGGCGAAGUAUAUGGAUUCUGCAAAUACAAUGUUAUCAUUCCUCUGGUGGAUCAUUGGAUUUUAUUGGGUAUGUAUUGGUGGGCAGCGGAUGGUACAAGAAUCCCCUCAAUUAUACUGGCUUUGCAUUGUUUUCUUGGCUUUUGAUGUAUUCUUUGUGGUCUUCUUAAUUACGUUGGCUUGUGCUGUUGGUCUCGGAAUCUGCUGUUGCCUUCCAUGUAUUAUUGCUGUUCUAUAUGCUGUAGCUGAUCAGAAAGGAGCUAACAAAGAAGAUAUUGAACAACUGUCAAAGUACAUUUUCCGACACAAUGGCGUUAAUGAGAAUCGGACUGGUGAGAUCCAAGGGACAUUUGCUGGAUUCAUGACCCAGUGCGGGACAGAUACACCCAAGGAGCACUCACUUUCCACAGAUGAUGCUGCAUGUUCCAUAUGUCUCUCUACUUAUGAUGAUGGAGAAGAACUCCGAGAACUUCCCUGUGGUCACCAUUUUCACUGUGCUUGUAUUGACAAAUGGCUAUAUAUGAGUGCAACCUGUCCCCUUUGCAAGCGCAGCAUCGUUGGGACUAGCUGUUGCAGUGAAGAAGUUUAGAAGAGGGUCAUUGACAAGAAUGCAGGUGUUUGUUGCGAGUUUUUACACAUGCUGCUAUUUCAAUACAGAGUCAUAGCUAUGUUUUUUCUGCCUGCUAUUGUUUGUGCAGCUGUAUUCUUCUCUUAGACCACCAACCUCGAGUAUGUACAUAUAAACAGAUAACUCUUUGCCACUAUCUAUAUAAAUAUAUACAUAUGCUAAAUUGCUAAUGCAGAUAAAUACA